UCUAGUACUUGUUGCGAACCAUGCUAUCAGUCAAGCUACAAUCAUUUCUGCAAACCAUGGGUAUUACGAAAAAGUUGCAUUUAUUGCGGAAAGGAUUCACUAAAUUAUUCUAAGACUGCAUCCAUGUGUUUGAUAAUGUUUUAACACUGACAACUUGGUGCUCAUUAUAGUCUGUGCUAAGUCUGUGUCACUAUAUGUGACACUGACUGAUAGACGGUAAAAUAGAAGGACGUAUUUUUUUCAUUCGUUUUUUGGAGUUGAAGAUAAAUGAAAAAGAAUAUUUUAUCAAAUAUAAAUAUUAUUUUAGGUACAUACGUAUUAAAAUUAUUCAUUAAUUUGAUUUUUAGAUUUGUACCCAUGUAAGGUGUAAGACAACUUCUUCAGUUUGUGUUUCAAAAUUCUAUAAUUGGAUUCGAUAUUUUUUAUUUUACUCAAUGCUUUAAAUUAUUAUAUUACCGUAUUGAUGUAGCUGCUUGCAGUGAUUUAUGCCGCGGUUAAUUAUUUUCUGGUUUCCAUUGUUUCAUUUUUGUUGAAACUUCAUAGUCUGUUAUGUAAAUAAUGUUUCUUUAGUUGAGUGGUUUAUAUUUAGCAGUAAAUUCUAACUAUCAGUAUUUCAUCUUUAGGUAACCACGGGAUAGUGAAUAGAAAUAGUGCAUGUUUAACCCAACGAGAAGUGUUGCAAGUAAAUUGAUUAACCAAAGAUUUUAUUAUUCAAAAUACAUAUUUAACAAACAGACAGCAUCAAUUACUGCUACGAAAAUGGAAAGUUGCAAGAACAAGGAAUGCCUUACUCAAGUGCCCAAGGAGAAUACAUUACUGUCAAAAAAAUAUUAUCGUCGAGCUGAACACAGAAUAUUCGUAAACAGGUCGCUACAUUUAGAAAAUGUUAAAUUUUACGGGUUUGAUAUGGACUACACAUUAGCAGAAUAUAAAUCGCCGCAAUAUGAGACAUUAGGAUUUAAUUUAACCAAAGAACGUUUAGUAUAUAAGGGAUAUCCUCGUGAAAUUUUGGAAUUCGAAUAUGAUCCUUCAUUUCCAGUAAGAGGCCUGUGGUUCGACACAUUGUACGGUAACUUAUUGAAAGUAGAUGCUUAUGGUAACAUUUUGGUAUGCGUGCAUGGAUUUGAAUUUUUGAAACAUUCACAAGUAUACGAAUUGUAUCCGAAUAAAUUUUUGACAUUAGACGAGUCGAGAGUAUAUGUGCUGAACACACUCUUUAACCUGCCGGAAACGUAUUUAAUCGCGUGUCUGAUAGACUUCUUCACAAACUCGCCACAAUACACGAGAGAGAAGACAGGUGUAAGAUGUGGCGAUUUAGCAAUGUCGUUCAAAUCAAUCUUCCAAGAUGUAAGAAACGCAGUGGAUUAUGUACACAUACAUGGAGAUCUCAAAAAGAAGACAACAGAAAAUCUAGAUUUGUACCUGAAAAAGGAUGAGAGGCUUCCGAUGUUCCUAUCCCGCAUAACAGAGAGUGGGGCUAAACUGUUCAUACUGACAAACAGCGAUUACAAUUUUACAAAUAAAAUUAUGAACUAUCUAUUCGACUUCCCACACGGCGCAAAGCCUGGUGAGCCACACAGAAAUUGGAAAACUUAUUUCGAUUGGAUCGUGGUGGAUGCCAAGAAACCACUAUUCUUCGGCGAGGGUACCACACUGAGACAAGUUGAUACGCGCACUGGGGCAUUAAAAAUGGGUCACCACGUCGGACCAUUACACGAAGGACUCGUCUACUCCGGAGGAUCAUGCGACGUUUUCACUGAACUGAUUAGCGCUAAAGGCAAAGAUGUACUGUACAUUGGAGAUCACAUAUUCGGCGAUAUUCUCAAGUCUAAGAAGAUAGGUGGAUGGAGGACUUUCCUGAUUGUGCCAGAGUUAGUUCAAGAGCUCCACGUGUGGACGGAUAAAUGUCAAUUGUUUGCACAAUUACAAAACUUGGAUAUACAACUAGGCGAUAUGUAUAAAGAUCUAGACUCGAGUACAAAGGAAAAGCCGGAUAUUACUAAACUACGUAUGUCGAUUCGUGACGUCACACAUAAAAUGGAUCUCGCUUAUGGCAUGCUCGGGUCUCUCUUCCGGUCGGGUUCUCGGCAGACUUUCUUCUCUUCCCAGGUCGUUAGGUACGCGGAUUUGUACGCGGCUUCGUUCCUCAACUUGAUGUAUUAUCCGUUCUGCUACAUGUUCCGAGCGCCGGCCAUGUUGAUGCCCCACGAGUCUACGGUCGCUCACGAGCAACGAUUCACCGUCGACACGCCCACCAUAGACCGUUCCCGGCACCCAAGUGCUCAAAGGGCUUUUAGUGUUGUAUCUAUUUCUGAAGAUACUUUGGAAGUGGAUGAAACCGCCGCUGUCGAUACUACAGAUGCAAAGGUAUGAUUUUAAUUACAGAAUAAAUGAAAGCCUUUCCAUCACUUCAGAUUAAGUGACAGAAUAUAGUUGCACUUUGUGACAUUUAAUCGUUUUCAAUUUGGCGAAAAAUUCAAGUAUACUCUUCAAUAUUAUUUUCAGCUCUAUCUGAACGGCUUACGGUCUGUUUUGUGUAUAGUCUAAUGCAUACUAUUUUAAUUAUUUAAUUAAUUUACCUAUACAUAGACUAAUUUAAUGUUUCAUAUAUGGGAUGCUAACAAAUUAGUUGCACAUAUUUUUAUAGUUGAUAGUACUCUAUAUAAUAGAGCAGCUCUAGGAGUAUAAUUGUACUGUUACAUAAUUAAAUAUAAAUUAUUAUAGUUAAUUUUUAUAAAACUGGAAACCAAUUUAUUUUCAAAGUGGUACCCAUAAAGUGGUCACUACAGCUUUAUAAAUCAAAUAGUUGGAUAUCAAUUUCAUGAUAUGAAUUAAAGUGAACCAUCUGGCCAGUAAAAUGUACAGGGUGAUUAUUUUAAGACAGAAUUAUAGUUUAUUUUUAGUCGGUAUAUGAAGACCAAAAAUGAUGUUUUAAUUAAAGAUACCAUCUUUUAAAAUAAUCGUAACUACUGCUCUUACAAAUUAACAUGACACAUGAAGGCCUAUUCUAUUUCUCCGAAAACAAAAUGUCGCCUAUUUUCGACAUGCCAAUACGACUCCCAAGACACGCAU